GGAAACGUCUGGACAGAUGCAAAUGCGUUCACGACCCACUUUUCAUAGAAGAGCUCACCUUCGCUUCGUUCCUGUUCGCAGUUCAGGGAUCUUUUGUUUUUGUAGCUGGUGUCCUUCUUCGUCUGUCAGCUCAGACGCUGGCAUUUGCACCGGCAAAAGCUUUUGAUCAGAGCAAAAGGAAACUUUAUACCUCAGGGAGCUAAAGAAGUUUGCUUCAUCUGACUUUUCCUUCGGCGCCUUGACUCGUACAAAGUAGAAAGCCCAAGUAUGGGUGACGACCUACAGAAAUGGAAAGGCCUCUUGAAGUGGUCCAUGUCUCAGACCGCUGGCAGUCCAUCUGGCCAACGACGUCCAGUAAGCGAAGAGGACAAGAAAUUUUUCCAAGAUGCGAUGCGAGAGAACACGAUUGACAUUGUGCAAAGGAUGAGGGAGAUUACCAUGGUGAUGAGCAUGCUCGAGCAGGAGCUCAAGGACCAGGGCGUUACAACGGAAGACCUCAUCGAGAUGUUAGAAGAACUCCAAGACCUAGUGGGGCAGAUUGACUACGCGAAUGGUAGUGAUCGGAACUUUCAAAGAGCGGGCCGUGCAAAUUCCCGUCGUUGGGAUUCUUAUCCCCUCUCGUUCUAUGUUUAUGCUCAGUUCCCUGUGUUCAUCCUGGUUAACCCGGACCCCCGGCUGCGCGCCAAGGCUGCGGAGGUGGUCCACACGGUGGUGCAGAACAACCCGCAGAGCCAGCAGAACGUGAUGGACUGCAAGGGGAUGGAAACGCUCAUGCACAACGCCGCGCAAGACGAAGACCCAACCUCGAGGGCCAAGGCUCUGGGGGCAGUCGGAGCCCUGAUCCGCAAUAACCGCGCGGGCCUGGCCGCCUUCCGGCACGGCGACGGCUACGCCGCCCUCCGCGACGCGCUCUCCUCGGACGACCCGAAACUCCAGCGCAAGGCGUUACACCUGCUUCGGUCCAUCCUGUCCGAAACCCCGGGCGCGUCCGAAGCCACUGGACAGCCGGGGCUGAUUUGGACGCUGGCCUCGCUCGUAAGGAGCCCGGAUUUGGACGUCCGGGAGACGGCGCUCGGGGCGCUGAACGACGUGGCGGGGCGGAGCGAGGAGGAUGCGAAGCACGUGGCGGGAGAGGCGGGGCUGAAGGAUGCUCUGACAGACAGGAUCGACGAGCUGACGAAACUGAGGGGCGACGACUUAGCGGCCGUUCACGACGAGCUUCAAUCCAUCGGGGACCUGUGGAACACGAGCGGAUUCGGCGACCAAGGCCCGCGCCAAAAGGUGCUCGAAGCGCUGGCGACGCUCCCGCCAUUACACACCGGCGUGGCCAGCGGAGAAAGGGAGAGCAAGCCGUAUACCGUGACACAUGCCACGAAGGAGACGAAAGAGGACGAGAAAAAGCCGCCGCUGCUGCUCGGCGCGCCUCCGCGCAGCGAUCAGUAGACUAAUCGAACGGGUGGAAAAGAGAGAAUGUAGAUUUCGAAUCUUUUUGACCGAUCAUGAGGUCGAGAGAUUUUCUGACACAGAAGUAGGUGGUUAAAUCAGGCCGACCAUAAGCCGGGUGCCAUAGUCAAGAACUGCCUUGGGCCUCUUGCAGCAGAAUGGCGAAAUGGGUGGGGGUAAAUAUGGGCAGAGGGAUCCACGGCUCAAGUCAUUGUCCCAGCCUUGGCAAAUUGCUUGCAAAAAGAAGUUACUCAACUGGCUUCUGAUCCUGCGCUCAUGUUCACUGGCUCCUUGUGUUAUUAUAUGCAAUCUCUG